GUUUCCUGCUUUGUUGAUGAUGAGUCUUUCUGUAUGUCAUAUGGUUGGUUGCGUUCAUAUAAACCCAUCAUUGAGUCGGAAACAUCGGCAGGUGCCUCUCCUUCAAGAAUCUGUAUGGACUAGUUUAAGAAUAAUACACAACAAUGAUUUCAUGGGGAGAGGAUUGUCGUAAUGGCUUUGGUUUAGUGAAGCCGAAUGGUUUAGAUACGACCAAAGCGGAUAUUAAUUUGAUACACCUUAAAUCUAAAAUUCAGGGUCUGUCCGCAGGUAACAGUGUGGUCGCGUUUAUCAGAAAUAAUGGGAGACUAGUGUCUGUCGCACGGAUUCAAGAGGACCAAGAUGGGAGAAGAUUCACAGGGAAACUGAAGACUGUGAAAUGUAAGGAGACGAUUCGGGCUCUGAGUUGUGGAGAUUCGCAUGCUGUUUUACUGUCUGAAGAGGGUCGGGUUCUCUGCUUGGACAAAGCCAAUAUUCUCAGACCAUUGGAUAACCUAUGUAACCGCCAGGUCGCUCAGGUUGCAUGUGGAGACCAGCAUUCAAUUUUACUAACUCAGGAUGGUCAGGUUUUCACAUGGGGUCAGAACACCAGCGGUCAGCUGGGUUUGGGGUGGGGCGAGCCACGCGACAUGUCCUUGUCCCCCAAGCCCCUGAAGUCUCUAUCAGGGAUCCCCCUGGUUCAGAUCACUGCAGGGGGAGACCACAGCUUCGCUCUGUCCCUUUCUGGUGCUGUGUUCGGCUGGGGCAAGAACACCGCCGGGCAACUGGGACUAGGGGACACAACAAACAGAUGUGCUCCAGCUCCUGUUGAUUGCCUGAAUCUGAAGAAGACUGUUUUGAUUUCAUGUGGAGGAGAACAUACUGCCGUUCUGACAAAGGGAGGUGUGGUGUUCACAUUUGGCUCAGGCCGCUAUGGACAGCUUGGACACAACUCUCUCCGAGAUGAACUACGACCUCGAGUGGUGGGGCAACUUUGUGGAUUAAAGGUGACCCAGAUAGCCUGUGGAAGACACCACACAUUAGCAUUUGUGGAGCCCUCCAAUAAGAUUUACUCAUUUGGGUGCGGAGAGCAAGGGCAGCUGGGAAAUGGAGUAAAGAUUGAUCAGUCUGUGCCCCUUCCAGUACAACUGCCAGACCAGAUUGAUGACCAGAAAAUUGAACACAUUUUUGCUGGAGGAAACCAUUCCUUUGCGUUGUGCACUCUUGGUCAGGAGUCUGGAGAAAGGCCUAACAAUCUCAGGUCAAGUGUGGGCAAAAUGACACGACAAGCUAUAGAUGAAGAAAUCAUUGACAAAUGGAUCUCGGAAUGUGAUUCAAAGUCUUGGAAAAAAGGACAGAAGGAAAUCACAAAAAUGUUUUCUUCUGCAUCGUGUUUAAAUGGGAGCUUUCUUGAUAAAAGUUGUGACAAACAUUACCAAACCUCACCAAAACAGUCUGGCCUGGAUUAUUCACUCGUCCAAGGCGCAUUCCGAAAGCUGGCGAAAAAGGGCAAAGUUUUGACUGAGGUUGAAGCUGUUGUCCAGCACACACUUCUUCCCUCCCUGAAUGAGGAGCCCAUUGGAGUGGAGGGCUUGAGGGUCUACCUGGUUCUCCCUGAGCUCCUGAGGGUCCUUCACAAACAGCACAGAAGGACAGAUCUCACCGAAGCCGUUGCUGCUGCUAUCCUCAGACUGCACCCCGACAAGCUGCAGGUCCUCGUUGACUGGUGGUCCUCACAGAAGCUCUCUGUCACGACCAAGCACAUUAGGGUGUGGAAGAAGGCCCUAUCGGUGAUUCUGACAACUACCCGUAUCCGCACCCCUGGCCUCAAACACCUGUUCCAGGUCCUCGACCAUCUCCACAGAGCAAACCAAAAGGCUUGUGGGACCCAGACUGUUCCCGACAGUUCCUUUUGUUUGGAGGAUAUUGAGUUCAAGUUUCUAAAGGAAGAUGUGAAGCUUUGGCGUUCUUGGUCAAAGCAGGAUGUGGAUCAGACACCUGCCAUCUUUUGUUGUUACCCAUUCUUGAUGAAUCUGCAGAGCAAGAUAAAUGUUUUUAACAUUAACGCCGCACUCACAAAGGUAAGCUCGGCACCUGCUCUGUUCUUUGAGCUGAGACUGAAUAGAGCAUCACUCAUCGAAGACACUUUCCAUCAACUGAGUGUAGCCUAUCACAGUACCUUCAAGAGGUCCCUUGUGGUGUAUUUCGACGAGGACGCGAAGCUGACAGAUGUCUACAAAAGGGACUUCUUCCUCCAUUUGUUUGAUAAGCUGUUGGUACCCGAGUCUGGGAUGUUCAUGUACAACGACACCAAUACGCUGGCCUGGUUCCCUGCAAUGCCUAGAGUGGAGGAGAAGCGUUAUUUCCUGUUUGGGGUUCUGUGUGGGAUGGCCCUGUACAACAACAACAUGGUGCACCUCCCCUUCCCCAUGGCCUUCUUCAAGAAGCUGGUGAACAUCAAUCCCUCUUUAGAGGACCUGAGAGAGUUUAGCCCCAUUGAAGCAGGGAGUUUGCAGUACAUCUUGGAUUACCCUGAUGAUGAUGUUGAAAACAUGGACAUGACUUUCUCAGUGAUGUGGGGUGAUGUAGCGGUGGAACUUGAUCCCAAAGAAACUGGAAAACUCGUCACAAGUGCCAACAAGAAGGAGUUUGUUGACACCUAUGUGAACUACAUCUUCAACCAGUCAGUAGAGGUGGUGUUUGAAGAGUUCAGGAAAGGCUUCUUCAAGGUGUGUGACAAGGACGUGGUGGAGUUCUUCCAGCCAGAGGAACUGAGGGGAGUGAUGGUGGGGAAGGAGAAUUUCGACUGGGAAACGCUGAAACGGAACACUGUGUAUGAAGGAGAGUACCAUGCUGGGCAUCCCAACAUCGUCACAUUCUGGGAGGUGUUUGAGGAACUGACAGAGGAUCAAAAGAAAGCGUUCCUGUUGUUCCUGACUGGCUGUGAUCGUGUGCCCAUCCUGGGUAUGAACCAGAUCAGGAUGAGGGUCCAAACCCUUCUCAACUCCUCCCAACAGCAUUUCCCAGAGGCGCUGACCUGUCACUCUCUGUUGCAGCUGCCCAUCUACCCCUCCAAAGAGACACUACAGAGCAGGCUUAUAGAAGCUGUUGGCCACAACAGAGGCUUCUGGAAUGAAUAAUGGGUGUUUUGUGUUGCUGCUGUGUAUAGUCCUCUCCUGUGUUCAUCUUUUCAUUGUUCCAUAGUUGGGUGUAAGAUUUGGAUUGUUUUAAUGUAGGGUUGUAUUUCAAAUCCUAACUUGAGAUAUGUGUGGUACUAUGACAUUAUCAUAUUGCAUUCACCAAAUUUUAUUAAAACAUUUAUAAAUCAAAAA